AUGACGGUGUUACGCCCCCUGCUAGUCUCGCUGUCCCUCCAAAUCUCUUAUCUCUGCAUUUUAAAGACUCUCCCCCCCACAGAUCACCUCACUGCGUUGCCUGGUUUGGCUCUGUUUCUGUGGACUGUAGCCAGCAUUGUGUUUGUUCUCAAAAGUCGACAGAGAGAUCAGAGUGAACAAUCAUUGAGUAUCGAUACCCUCCAAAUCGGUGCGUCCGAAAUCCAGAAGGGCUUCGGUUCUACAUACAUAUAUACGAAGGCCGGUGAAUACACUGAAUCGAAACAAAAGGAGCAAAACAAAAACGAUUCGAAAGACAAUCCCAGAUUUGGCUUGAAACUCGCCGUGACAAUGGUUCUUGCCAUACCUUGUGCAUUGCUGCUUGUUGCCCAUGCCCGGCUGAUCGCCGGGAUUCAUGACGGCAGUUGGGAUACCAAGCGCAAUUCACUCCAGGCAUCUGACUCGACAGGCUUGCAAGAAGUUUUCCAAGUGUACCAGCCAGUCUCAUUUACGUCCCAUGGAGCCAGCGGUUGCAAUCUCGAUGUGCUCCUAAUGGAUCAUAUGUUUGGUGCAAGCUACGGAGAACCUUUUGUUGGCGAAUAUGAGCCACCCCGCUGUGAGUUCGAUACUGUUCGAAUCAACCUCACAGUCACUUCUCGUGGUCGACAGUAUGACCGUUUGGCCCUCAUGUACCUAGGAGACACAGAAGUCUUCAGGACCUCGACUGCCGAGCCGACGUCUACGGGGAUUGUGUGGACCUACGUCAAAGAGAUGUCUCAGUACAACGCCCUGUGGAAGCAACCGCAGAAGUUGAUAUUUGACCUUGGCAAUCUCAUCACCGAUGUAUACACUGGAUCGUACAAUGCUACAUUGACAGCGCACUUCUCUAACGAAGGCAAUACGAGGGCUGCGAAUUACAUCCUGCCAAUUUCUGGCAUGAAGUCAGCGUCGAACUCAGCCAGCGCGUUUACAGUUCCAAGUGACAACACAACGGUCAAGCAUACGAUUCCGGCAGCGGCAUCGCGCGCAGUCGUUUCAAUAUCUGCGUGUGGGCAAUCGACAGAAGAAUUUUGGUGGUCAAACGUUUUCUCUGAGGAUACCGAGGACUUCACCAGUACAGUGGGCGAGCUUUAUGGAUACUCACCGUUCCGGGAAAUUCAGCUUUAUAUUGAUGGGAUGCUUGCUGGUUUCGUUUGGCCUUUCCCUAUCAUAUUUACUGGAGGUGUCGCCCCCGGUUUCUGGCACCCGAUUGUUGGCAUCGAUGCCUUUGAUCUUCGACAGCCCGAGAUUGAUAUUUCACCAUUCCUGCCAAUGCUUCAAGAUGGCGAGGAACACUCCUUCGAGAUCCGAGUCACUGGCGUGAAUAUUGACGCCGACGGAACUGCUACACUUGCAGAUACCGUGGGCUCAUACUGGGUUGUAACCGGCACCAUCUUCCUCUAUACAGAGGAGCACAAAGGCUCCGAAGACUUGAUUGCCCGAAGUAGCUCUAUGCCCCAUUUGGAGGCCCCGGAACCGAAGUUCACGGUCACUCGGGACCUGGUGCAGAACCAGACCGGUGGAAACAACAGCCUCUCGUACUCCAUCGUGGCCGAGAGGACAUUCAGUGCAACCUCUUCCAAGUACUCCUGGACACAAAGUCUGUCUUUCUCGAACUACGGAUACCUCAACCAGCAGGGUUACAGUCAAGUCAACAGGCAGCUGACCUCCGGAAAAGCGACAAUUACAGAGCUCGGAGAUACGCCAAGCUCAAACGAGACCACCUUCAACUAUCCUUUGCUGGUUAACGCAACGUACGGUAUGACCGCAAAUUCGCUGUCCAUUGAUUCCUGGAUGAAACGUGGCCUGGAGAUUGAGGCUUCCGGGGGACCAGGCAUAUCUACAUACACGCUCGUCUCCGGACCAUCACAGCUUCAUACUACUCAGUCCGGACAGGCAAGUUACAAUUCUGUCACUGGUGGCAAUUCAACAUCCACGGCGAAUACUGCGGAUGAGUUCUACAGUACAGCAAACGGCGAGUCAUACUCUCGAUCCGUCAGAGCCGUGAAUGGUGAUGUGGUGUUCGACACUCGUACCGGGAUCCAGUCUGUUUCACUUUCUCGCGGUCAGGAUGUAUUGGGAAGAGGCAACGUGCGAGCAAUGCUGGGAAGAGGGCCUGGCCAUCCGACGAACUAG